AGUUCUGAUUUAAGCGUUGUUUGGGCCGGUAUUUUCCUUUUUGAUUUAUCUUGAAGUUUUCCUUCUUAAAAGUAUGCUUUUCAAGUCUUUACUUUACUUGUCAUUCAUUAUGUUCACAGCAAACCUUUUUGGAGUAACGAACACGAGUGGGAGCUGGAAGGGAAAAGAAGACAAAUGUUACAACCACAACAAUAAACUCUUGUCGCUGUUGAAUUUGUUAUGCAACUCAACCCAAAACUCUUCAAUCACAGUUCGCGAUGCUUGCUACGGUUGCUUCUUUCGAGUUGGCGUACUCACUCCAGGCCCUACUUUAUUAAAUCAGCUCAGUCAAUGUGCAAGUCUUUAUCUGUCGAACACAAGCUACGCUGGAUGUGCCACACAACUUGCUUCUUUAGUGAGCGGAGUUCGGCCGACAACAUCACCAACAUUUCCGCAUCAAUGCUACACAGGAUACUGCGAAUUUGUACGUUGUGUUCGUCGCAUUAACGCAAAUGUUUUGGUUGACAAUUGCUUGCUCGAGAAUAUUGCUAGAAAUCUCUCGACACAACAAGAUCGAGUUAGUUUUUACACCAACAUCACGAGUUGCAUUCUUGCGAGAUCUCGUUGCAACGCGUAUAAUCCCAUCACAGGCGAAUUACAACCGGGAAACAAAUAUCCUCACGGUGUCUCAUCGCAAACAUUCCUUGCAAAUGCAUUACAGAUAACCGCGUCAGGGGAUUUGCGAGUAAUUUCAUUCUCACAGAAAGUUGGUGUUUCUAAUCUAUUUUGCUCAGCACAACCGACGCUUGAUCAAGCUGGUUACGGUGUUACGACAUGUUAG